AUGGCUGGAAAACUCUUUUGGGUGUUGUUGUCGGUUUCUUUGGCUGCGAGCUGCGACUUUGUUGAGGGUAGGAAACUAGAAGAGAAGAAGAGUGAACAAGAAAAGAAACCAGACUGGUUCUUCGAUGGUAGCCCGGGCUGGUUUGGGGGGACUGGUGUAUUUGGAGGAGGACAUGGGCUACAUUUCGGACACUCCUUCAGUUUUGGUAAGGGAGCAGGCGUCAGUUAUGGCACUGGAUAUUCUAACCCAGGCACUGGAGCAAAGCCUGACUGCCUAGGAAAUGGUGGUGCUGGGGGGAUGGGAGGCGGUGGAUUUGGCGGGGGUUUUGGAAAAGGGGGUGGUGCAGGUGGAGGAGUUGGUGGUGGCUCAGGCGGUGGAUUUGGCGGGGGUAUUGGAAAAGGGGGUGGUGCAGGUGGAGGAAUUGGUGGUGGCUCAGACGGUGGAUUUGGUGGGGAUAUUGGAAAAGGGGGUGGUGCAGGUGAAGGAGUUGGUGGUGGCUCAGGCGGUGGAUUUGGUGGAGGUAUUGGAAAAGGGGGUGGUGCAGGUGGAGGAGUUGGUGGUGGCUCAGGCGGUGGAUUUGGUGGAGGUAUUGGAAAAGGGGGAGGUGCAGGUGGAGGAGUUGGUGGUGGCUCAGGCGGUGGAUUUGGUGGAGGUAUUGGAAAAGGGGGCGGUGUAGAGGGAGGAGUUGGUGCUGGUUCAGGCGGUGGAUUUGGGGGAGGCAUUGGAAAAGGGGGCGGUGUAGGCGGAGGAGUUGGUGCUGGUUCAGGUGGUGGAUUUGGGGGAGGCAUUGGAAAAGGAGGCGGUGUAGGCGGAGGAAUUGGCAGUGGUUCAGGUGGUGGAUUUGGGGGAGGUAUUGGAAAAGGAGGAGGUGGUGGUGGCAGUGGCGGGGGUUUCGGUGGCGGUGUUGGUGGAGGUUUCGGUAAGGGAGCAGGUGGAGGCUUUGGAGGCGGUGCAGGGGGAGGCAGUGGUGCUGGUGUUGGUGGGGGUAAUUGA